AUGUCCGGCAGCUUUUUAGAGAUUUUGUUGGUAGAUCUUCAGAAGACCCCAGAUGUGGAAGCAGUGACGACUUUUGCUGGAUUUGUACAUGGUAAUGAGAAGAAGAACGUCCUGAGUUGCUAUAACUUUUCGAGUUACCCUCGUCAAAACACAAUCCUCGCAGUCUGUCCGGGACGACCGGACGAAAGCCCGGAUGCGGUGAGCGAUCUCUCAAACCUCAGACGGCGCGGCGCUUUGGCAAGAAGAGUAUUCUCGAUGGCCUGGGCUGGUUUGGCGCGGCGCCGUGGCGUAGUGAUACACCUUACAUAUCUACUAAUGAGUCGACAUGAUCCGCACACGUUCGAAUCCCAUUCCAAGAAAAGAAAGUAUAAAUUGGGUAAUACACUAGUAGUUGGCUAUACCUUCAAGCAGUCACAAGUCAAGUUGAAGUACCAGCAACAGUUUAGACUGGUUGAAACUGAAGUCGUUGGAAAAUAUAGGUGUACAUAUGUAAGAUGUCUACAAUAA